AUGGCGUUCCUGGGCACAAUAGUGAACAAAGUGGUGGACGCAGUGCCUCUUCUGAAACCAACGCUUGCUGACCAGGUCCGCCAGUCGGAUCUGCCAUUGAAGGCGAAGGAGCUCGACCUGGGUCUUAUCGGCAGCACGGACGACUUCGACAACGCCGUGUGCGCCUUCGGCCCGGACGCAAACGAUACCGUGUAUGUGGCCAAGCACUCCAGGCGCCUAGACGGCUUGUCUCACUCUUGCGGCUGUGUUGUCAAAGAGGUGCGGUUGCCACCUCUGCGCCAGCUGCCUGUCCCGCAGGGCAGGACCGGGAGCACCCUCUCCCGACCAGAUUUCCUGCAGGAAUGGAUGAGGCACAUGAUGCCCAGCAUCAACAACCUAAGUUUGUGGGACCUGUGCUUGCCAGGCACCCACGACACCUUGACGUACGACCUUUCUGACUGUCCGGCGAAACAUGAUACCAUUCCAGAUUUAGGCCCCUUGAACGAAGAGCCACUGAAGAGAGUGGCUAUGCCUGAACUGCGCAAGCUUUGUGCAUGCCAGACGAUCGACAUUGAUGCACAGCUUGAUGCUGGGAUCCGUUUCCUGGACAUCCGCGUCAUCUACUCAGACUCUCGCAGCCGAUGGGUAGGAGUUCAUGGCAUGGAAACCAAGCAAGAGGCCGUGUUCUACUUGAAGAGGAUCCACGACUGGUUGCGGGCACACUCCAGUGAGAUCGUGGUGCUUUGGUUUUCCAGGCACGGGAAUGAGGAGGCAACAGGGCACGACCAGUACCCGCACACGCCUGCCGAAGAGAAGCAGAAGUUCUACAAGCAGAUCUUGGAUAUCUUUGGCAACCUUGUGGUGGAAGAUGGUGAAACCUUCUUGAAGCAUGUGCCGAUACAAUGCCUCGUUGCUGAAGACAAGCGUGCGGUGUUGAUCUGCUCGGACUGGGACGAGUUCACAGGAAGGUCCGGUAGUGCUAUGGAUGGUGCACAGGUGCUUCAGAACCACCUGCCUGGCGGUUUCGACGAUCCGGUACUUGAUGCCCUGCGAGUCUUCAGCCGCCUGAGCUUCGACCGCAGCAAGUUUCAACUCGUCUCUCUUGCCAACAGUGCCGACAAAGGGGCCGUGCUGAAGCAGUUCCUGCCCGGACUCGCCCGCAGUGCCUACGGAGCCUGCAGCACAGUCUCCGGUGUGUUUGGCGGGAGCCCUCUUCCCUCAAUCAGCAAGUUCGAGAAUGUGCCUGGGAUGACCAGCAACCCAUGGAGACUGGACGACAGUGCAAGGUUCAGCAACUACCAUGCGCAGAUAGUUCUGGACAUCGUGUGGAAGAGGUGCACCCUUCCGCAGGCGAUUUACAUCGACAUGGUGACAGCAGAUGGCGGCAUCGACAUCGGAAACGGCCAGAGGUUCGGGUAUGUCGACACUAUCCUUGCGUACAAUGCAGUUCAGAGUGGGGACCACGACUUGCUCACCAAUAUGAUGGGACGCUUGCAUCUGAUGCCCGUCUGUAGGUGGGAAGAUCGCCAGAACGGCCGCUCAGAAGUGUGGCCCCUGUGCAGCCUGGGGCACCAUUAA